UUCCAAGUGAUGAGGACGUUGACAGUGUUUGUGCACACAUUUGUCAAAGGUUGAAACCAUCUUUGCGAAUCUAAGGAGAAGUGUUAAAGUUUAAAUUAGCAUACGAAACACGGACAUAUCGUCCAUUCAAUGUUGAGGCACUAUUCAACUACUGACUGAAAAUUGAAAGGAAGUGUCUGAUUUGUUUACACAAAGUAAAUAUGCAAGGAAGCUCAUUGACCAACAAGUGAGAAAACGAAAAGUAAAAACGGCGACUUCUGGUACCUGACGUCUUCGGGGAUUACAAAUUGACUGUUGUGUUACUCAGUAGUAACAUGGGUGCUCUGGUAAUCCCAAGAAGACGGUCACUUGUCUUCAAACUAAUACUUUUGAUAUCAGUAGUUUGGUUGUGUGUUAUACUGUAUUUUGCUGUUUCUACGAAAGUGCCAGAUAAGGUCCCUUCUGUGAGGCAUUCAAGAGUUGAGUUACUAAAAUUACAUAAAUUAGAAGGCUUCGGCCCUCCUAUACCAAUCAAAUCUGCCAUUGAGGUCGAGCAGAAGUUUCCUGUACAAAAUAUCGAUGUGAGGAUUAACGAGUGGAAUAUUCCUAAUCCAAACAGAGCUCUGUUCAACCGGGAUUCUCCUAUCUACAAAUCGGGUGAUGAACAUCAACCGGGUGAAGGUGGAAAAGCAGUGAUAAUCGACAGAAACAAACUGGCUUUUAGUGAAAAAAGAAUUUACGAUGACGGAUUUAACAAAAACGCUUUUAACCAGUACGUCUCAGAUAUGAUUUCGAUACACAGGAGUUUGCCUAGUUAUAUCGAUGAAGAAUGCAAAACUGAAAAAUAUGCAAACGAUCUUCCGAACACUUCGGUUAUCAUAUGUUUUCAUAACGAAGCUUGGUCAGUUUUGCUCCGAACUGUACAUAGUGUACUUGAAAGGACACCAGAAAAUUUACUUGCUGAGAUUAUCUUGGUUGAUGAUUUUUCGGACAUGGCACAUCUCAAGGCGAGUCUGGAAAUUUAUAUGCGGCAAUUUCCGAAAGUUCGUAUUUUACGCCUAGAAAAACGUGAAGGUCUAAUAAGGGCGCGCAUCAAAGGAGCCGCUAUUUCAAAAGGUUCUGUGAUUACAUACCUCGAUUCUCACUGCGAAUGUUUGGAAGGUUGGAUGGAACCUCUUUUGGAUCGAAUCAAAAAAAAUCCGAAAACAGUGGUAUGCCCUGUUAUUGACGUAAUUGAUGAUAACACCUUUGAGUACCACUACUCGAAGGCUUACUUCACGAAUGUGGGUGGUUUCGAUUGGUCAUUACAGUUUAACUGGCAUGCCAUUCCUGAGAAGGAUCGUAAAGGUAGAAGGGAUAUAGACCCCGUCAAGUCUCCAACCAUGGCUGGUGGCCUUUUUUCCAUUGAUCGUACCUUUUUCGAAAAAUUAGGAUCCUAUGAUCCUGGUCUCGAUAUUUGGGGUGGGGAAAAUUUGGAACUUUCAUUCAAAACAUGGAUGUGUGGUGGAAUAUUGGAGAUUGUUCCGUGCAGUCACGUUGGUCAUAUAUUUCGGAAACGGUCACCUUAUAAAUGGCUUUCUGGUGUGAAUGUAUUGAAGAGGAAUUCUGUUCGUUUAGCUGAAGUAUGGAUGGACGAGUACAAAAAGUAUUACUAUGAGAGGAUUAACAAUAACUUGGGUGAUUUUGGUGAUGUAAGCAGCAGAAAAGCAUUGCGUGAAAAACUACAAUGUAAAUCUUUCAAAUGGUAUCUGGAUAAUGUGUAUCCGGAAUUGUUUGUUCCAGGAGAUGCUAUUGGAAAAGGAGAGAUUCGCAACAGAGGAGGAGGAUCGAAGAAUUGUUUAGAUUGGGCAUCACAUGGAAGGCAAAGAUCGGUAAAUGCGGGUCUAUACUGGUGUCAUAAAAAGGGCGGUAAUCAGUACUGGAUGCUAAGUAAAGAUGGUGAAAUACGAAGGGAUGAGUCGUGUAUUGACUAUGCCGGUGUCGAUGUUAUGGUUUAUCCUUGUCAUGGAAUGAAGGGUAAUCAAGAAUGGAAAUAUCUUCUUUAUCAAAGUCAAUUUCUUCACGUCGUUACCAAUAAAUGUUUGGAAAUGUCGAGAGAUGGUACCAGAUUGAUGGUAAAUGUUUGUGAUCGAACAAAUCCUUAUCAGCAGUGGUUGAUUCAAGAAUUCAAUCGAACAUUAGCUAGAAAGUACGGAUUAUUAUGAGCCGAAGUAAAGGUGUAAGUUAAGUAAGAGAGGGAAGCAAGCGGAAGGAAACAAGGAAAAGCCACUAUAGUAGUGGCGAGUUUUAGUUUCCCAUCAAAUUGAGUCAUGCAUUAUAUAUAAAUGUUGUCACAUUACUAUUUAAAGAAUGCUGUUACCAGUGUCUUACUUACCGU